AAAUUCAUUAACGAAAAUUCAGCGGCAGAAAUGAGCAAUGAAAACAUAUAUCAACAGUUACAGGUUCCAUGCAUUUUUCUUUUUGUUUAGUUUUUUUUCUUGUAAUAGCGCGCAAAGUGUUUGUUACAGUUGUGACUUUGCCGCCAUGAUGAAUCCUGGAGAAGGAAGAAGAAGACAGGGACGCCAUCCUAGAUUAGAGGAAGGUCACGAGGCUCGGAUUCCGAAACCCAUUGGUGAAGAAGAUCAUAUUCCAACUCCGGAUUCUAUUUCUGGUUCGUCGCCUUCAGUAUCUUCGACUUCUCAGCCGCAAAAGAAUCUCGAAUCUACUACCACUGCCGCCGCUACCAAGGUACCCUUACGCAGAACCCCGAAAUACCAUAGAUAUCCCAAGUGGGGUUCGAGGAAUCGGCGUGCCCGUGGGGUCAAACCUCAGUUUGUGGAGAAAUCUGAGGUGGGUUCUUCGAAUUCUGAGGUGGGUUCUGCGAAUGGUGAAGUGGGUGGGUUUAGUUUUGGUGAAAGAGCGAGUGAGGAACAAGAAGAUCACGAAGAAACCCAGGAACAAGAAAAGCAAGAGAAUUUGGCGGCGAAGAAUGGAAUGAGAGAAGAGAAAAUUGAAGAAAUGUUCGAGUCCAGUCAGGAAGUGGAUGAUAUUGUCAGUCGAUUGGCAGAGUUGCAAUUGGGUGCUGAAGAGCCAGAGUUGUCAGAAGAGCAGCUGAGGAUCAAUGACCAGUUGCAGGAGGAUGAGCUACUUGCUAUGGAGUCCAUUUAUGGAGAGAAUCUUUUCAUCCUCGACAAACAGAGAGACCUUCGGUCUUUUCAGAUUCAUAUACAUAUUGAACUUCCUAAUGAAAUUACUGUUAUUACAAACUUAAGUUCUUCUGGUGAUCUGAAGACCAUAACCGACAAUUCUGAUUACUUUUCAUACUCAUUCAAAGUUCAGUAUCUUCCACCGAUUGUGUUGACAUGUUUAUUACCUAAAUCGUACCCAAGUCACCUACCUCCCCAUUUUACGUUAUCUGUUCGGUGGUUGGAUUCUAUUAGAAUUUCAAAUCUUUGCUCCAUGCUGGACUCUAUAUGGAUGGAACAAAUGGGCCAGGAGGUUAUAUACCAAUGGGUGGAAUGGUUACACAGUUCUUCUCUUUCUCAUCUUGCUUUUGAUGAAGAAAUGAUGCUCGGUCCUUAUGGAGUAAGACACAUUGAAGAUAGGCGUGCAGUUUCAGAGUGUGUUUCCCCUGAUGUUGAUAUUCCUUUUAUAAGAAAUUACAAUAAUGAAAGACUGCAUGAGAAUUUCCAGACAAACUUACAUGAAUGUUGCAUUUGUUUUAGUGAGUAUGCAGGCACUGAAUUUGUCAGGCUUCCAUGCCUGCAUUUCUUCUGCUUCAAAUGUAUGAAGACAUAUUCCGACAUACAUGUCAAUGAAGGCACCAUAAUGAAGCUUCAAUGCCCUAAUGCAAACUGCGGGGGUAUGCUUCCACCCAGUCUGUUAAAAAGGUUGCUUGGUGAUGGUGAGUAUGAGCGGUGGGAGUCUUUAAUGUUGCAAAGAACACUUGAGUCAAUGUCUGAUGUUGCCUAUUGCCCACGAUGUGAAACACCCUGCAUAGAAGAUGAAGACCAGCAUGCUCAAUGCCCAAAGUGCUACUUUAGCUUUUGCACGCUUUGCAAUGAACGACGCCAUGUAGGUGGUGAAUGCAUGACACCAGAAAUGAAGCUUAAAAUCUUGGAGGAGCGUCAGAACUCAACUCAAUUAAAGGAUUCCCAAAAGAAGAGGGAACGUGAUAUGAUUAAUGAACUUCUCAGUGUCAAGGAAAUACUUCGCGAUUCUAAACAAUGCCCCUCUUGCAAGAUAGCAAUCUCUCGAACUGAAGGUUGUAACAAGAUGGUCUGUAAUAACUGUGGGCAGUAUUUCUGCUACCGCUGUAACAAGGCAAUUGAUGGAUAUGAUCAUUUCAGGGAGGGGUCAUGUGACCUUUUCCCACAGGAAAUGAUUCGGAACUGGGAGGAGCAUAUAAACCCCCGCCAGGUUUUAGGUCAGAUACAAGCUGAACUCUUUGCUGAACAUGGUCAACUAUGCCCUAAUUGUGGUCAAUUCAACGGAAAGGUUGGGAACAAUAAUCAUCUGUUCUGCUGGGCAUGCCAAAUGCACUACUGUUACUUGUGCAGGAAGGUUGUGAGGCGCAGCACAGAGCAUUAUGGACGCAAAGGUUGCAAACAACACACAGUAGGAUAGUUUUUAACACGAUUAAGGAUUUGUCUGAAGGAUUUUGUAUGUCAAUAGCUGUGGGAACGGUUGAAUGAGACCAUAUGGAUUCGAUAGGAUACUUGAAGAGUGGGAAAGGUUAGGGGAAACCUUCGGGAUAGAAUCCACCGGUGUUUUAUAGUCCAUUAUUGGAUGAAAAACAUAAAAUAAAUAAAUGAGAACGAAAAAGAUGAAGCUUAUUUUGUUCA